GCGUACCGCAAAUAAAAUAAAAUGAUUUGGUGUUCAGAACAUAUUUUCGUGAAAAUUUUGUAGCAAAAUGAUAGUUCCUAGACCACCUUACAAAUAACUGAUCCUGGAAAUAUUGUGCAAUGGCAACAGAAAUCUGUUCUGAUGCCAUAAUGGUAAUUAAGCAAAACAAAGAAAAGUUGAUUAAGAAACCUUUUGUUUUUAAGUUUUUUUGUCUGAUGUUUGGGAAAAAGAUAACCUUAAAGGUGGAAAGAAGACAAAAGAUAAUGCAUGCAAGGAAAAUUUGUAGCUUCUGAAGGCAACUUCUGGUAAUUUGCAAGGCCUUUAGAGGUUUAUAGCACUGACUGUUUUCUCUUUAUACAUUAACUGUUAAUGACUUUUUUUCUCAUUGAUGAAAUUAUACAUCUCUGACAACCCCAAUCCAUCCCCAUCCACAUAAUGGAGCAAGAGUUGGGAGAGAAAGGAAUCCUAGAACUGAGUGCUGAAAGGAAAAAGAAGGAGUAAGUAAGGUUUGCACAGAUCCCAGGUUGGAGGGGAGAGACCUUGGACAGUUCUCCCACUGCUGGCCUUCAGGUGGCGCUAUUGGCCCAAGAUUGCUCGGUUGGUGUUCAGAAGGGACUCUUGCUCCUUGCUGUGCAAGAAAUGUCGUCACUUUCAGAAUAUGCCUUGCGCAUGAGUCGUCUGAGCGCCCGGCUGUUUGGUGAAGUUGCCAGGCCUGCUGAUUCCAAAUCCAUGAAAGUGGUGAAGCUGUUCAGCGAGCAGCCUUUGGCCAAGAGGAAGGAGACUUAUGACUGGUAUCCUAAUCACAACACUUAUUUUGCACUCAUGGGGACACUACGUUUUCUUGGACUCUACAGAGAUGAGCAUCAGGACUUUAAGGAUGAGCAGCGGCGUCUGAAGAAGCUUCGUGGAAAGGGGAAACCAAGGAAAGGAGAAGGGAAGAGAGCAGCAAAAAGGAAAUAGUGUUGGGCCAUCAGGGGAGGACUUCUCCCUCAGCAACCAAGAGCAGGACGAAGUGUAUUUAUUGUCCCUUCACAUAUUGGAGGAGUACAAGCUUCCUAAGUUGAAGAUUAUUCAGAGGAAUACAGUCAUCUCCGUGCUGAAGUCUAAUGCAGUUGAAUUGUGACUGGUUUCUUGAACACAUUUUAAUUCUGCAACAUUGUUUACCUUGGUUCUGUAAUCUGAAGUUUACCUUAUUCCCCAGAGAAAUGAGUGCAUGAUUACUAUUGAAUGACUUGUUUGGGAGGGGAUGGGAUGUUGGCGGAGUGGAGGGGAAACUCAUUAAAUGAACACCCUCGUUA